AUGCGCACCCGCGUGCUGACCAUCGACGCUGCGUGCUCGGCCUUCGUCGGACUGCUCCUGUUCUUCGCUCCGCAUGUAGUUGCAGAUUUUCUAUUCAAACGACAAUCAGACGGUGUUCACUGGCAUUUGGUGCGAUGUGUAGGCGGUCAGUUAAUCGCAGCCGCGUUUAUUUCAUUUCGUUUCCGCAAAGCGGAACCCGCCACUCAUACAGUAUGUCACAUUCUGCGAAUCAUGCCAUGUAUAAUUUGUCUCAUGCUUGUGUUUCAAUGUGGUUCGAUGACACCUGGACUCAUCGAACCAGCAUAUCUUGAAUUCAUGAAGUACUUCCUUUUUGUUGGUUUAUUGGUGAACAUAGUGUUGCUCAUUUCAUCUGGCUGGAAGAUCGGUACGGCACUGGUCCCUGGAAACGAAGUAGGGAACUGUUUAUACCAGCUCGACGCUGUGGCGUCCAUUUGCAUUGGAGCUGCCUGGCUAACGUUUCCGAAGUGGUUGCUGCACAGGCAGGUUGUGGUCCCAUUAGAUGAAUCUCACGAACUUUGCGGACGGAUAAUGGGCGCUCUUUUUGUGACAUCGUACGCUGUGUCUGCUCAUGCACUUCACUGGACAAAUAGGGCGAAUAAGAUGACUGCAGUUGAGGGCCGAGUAAUCUGUUGUCUUUGCAUACUCUCGGCUCAAGUCUGGUCACAAAUCGCCUACUUGGAUGCAUGGUCUGGAGGUCACUGGGUAGGCAUUAGCCUAUUCUCGACGUGGACCAUAGUUUCAGUGCUUUAUCGCGCAGCUCUUUACUUACAAAUCGAAGUGAAGACCGCCGAAGCUUGGUGGAAGAAUCCUGAGGAACUCCUCACGCGGUUUUUUGCCAUGGAACGUUUUGUGAUUUCUCCAAUUAUAUUAUACUUAGAAUUUCUGCCAUUACAUGGUGCAAGCAAUGUGCACACAUCGAAAAGGAAGUACUUCUCUUGGCACAUGUCGCGCUCGGAUCACAACUUCACAGAACACAUCACCAGGAGUCAUCUGCAGCUGGUGAUCGAACCAGUGACCGAGGAACACCUCGGCACCAUUGCAGUGGUGUGCUGGCACUGCGACCAUCCGCUCAUGACGACGAUUGAGCUCCGUGUACGUGUCCCGGUUCGUGCUCGUCUAGAAGAACGAGAUGAUUCCCUCUUGGUAAUAGUGUCUGGAUGGCCAAUUUCAUCAAUUAAUCUCACCAUUGGAAGAAGUGGUGAGACUGAAACACGGAAUUUGUCCGAAGAUAAUGCGGUCACAUUUUUCGAUGGACUCGUUGUGCGACCAGAUGAAGGACAAUCUCUUUUCUAUCGACGAGUGUUCUCAGUGUUUGCUCUCGCUUGUUCGACAUGUCCAGUCGAUCAUCCAGCCGGGAAUUAUUCGUUCGAGAUUUGCUCUACAGUUAACUGCUUCCGACUCCACAAUUAUAUUGAACACAUUGGAAACCAUUCAAAUGCCGGUGCUAACUCCUCUGUUCCAUGGUCGAUGGCACUGCCACUUAUAAUAAUAUUUUUGCUUACCCCGUUGCUGCUGAUGUUUCUGUUACGGCUUAAAAUGAUGCAGAAUUGUCGAGCAAAGGUAAUCCUGAUGCGAAAACAAGCAAUGCAAGAUCGCGUUGAGUCACGUCGAACUAGCCGUGUUACGGAGGAAACUCUGCUGAGAUUAGAAGAACGCUCCUCAUUAUCAUCGUCUGACUAUUCUGGACAGUUGAUACCAUUUAUUGACUUAGGAACAAUUCAAAUACAUGAACGUAUCGGGAAGGGUGCAUUCGGCGAAGUGUAUUGCGGAUCAUGGGAUAAAACCGGUGAACGUUCAGUUGCCAUCAAAACAAUUGAAGCAGACGAAGAUGUAGAGAAAGAGGCCGUAGUUCUCUCUCGACUUGAGCAUCCGAACAUCGUGCGACUUUAUGGAAUGACAAGAGACGGUCCUCGCCUGCUGUUAGUCUUCGAACGGAUGAAUCUAGGUGAUCUGCGGUCAUAUCUUCGAGCACGAGCCCCAACUUCCUCCAGUUACUCUCAGUUCCCGCCAGCACUGGUAGAAGAUGAGCUCAGGCUCAUUGUACGACAGAUAGUUUCCGGAUUGUGUUACUUAAGUACACAACAGAUCGUCCAUCGGGACUUAGCAGCACGAAACUGCUUAGUAGGCGGCGAAAGCGACUUACGUUGUUGUUUACCAUCUCAAAGGCCUCCAAUUACUGUUAAGAUCUCUGACUUUGGGAUGUCCAGGCGGUUAUAUGGGCAGGCUGACUAUUACAGGAUGCAAAACCACUGCCUAUUGCCGGUUCGCUGGCUUCCACCAGAAGCGAUCAACGACCACAGAUUUAGUACUAGUAGCGAUGUGUGGGCUUUGGGGGUCACAAUGUGGGAAGUAUUCAGCUAUGGUGAAAUACCUUUUGCAGAGUUGAAUAACUUUGAGAUGGUCUCCUACGCCAUGGCAGGAAUGCGACCACCAAAACCGAAAUCAUGUCCAGCACCCAUUUACGAAUUAAUGCAACGGUGUUGGGCCGCAGAUCCAGAAGAACGCGUUCGACCUGAGGAAGUGCUACUCGAUCCGUGCCUCACGCCUACUCUUGAAGGAUUUAUCGGUGCCUUUCCUACGUAG